AUGCGCCACGGCCGUCGGAUCGCGCGGCUGGGCCGUCCCGCGGACCAGCGGAAAGCCCUCCUGCGCGGCCUCACCACCGAGCUGCUCCGCCACGGCAGAAUCAAAACCACCGCGGCCCGCGCGAAAGCCAUGCGCAAAUACGUCGACCACAUGAUUACACUCGCCAAGGGAGGGAGCCUGCACGAGAGGAGGCAGGCGCUAGGGUUUGUGUACGAUAAGACUCUGGUGCACGCGAUUUUCUCGGAUGCUCCGGAGAGGUAUGCGGAGCGGGAGGGAGGGUAUACGAGGAUUAUCAGGACGAUGCCGCGACGGGGGGAUAAUGCACCCAUGUGCUUCAUUGAGCUGGUGUAA